AUGAAAGCAUUUAAGUUUAACGUCACCGAUGAUCACAUUUCCCACUUGAAAAGUUUUUUUUUUUCAGUGUAACAAUACCAUUUUAUCCUUUUCCUUGUUCAAAUGACCAAUAACUGUCCUGAAUGCCGUGCAUUAAGGCACAUGUCAUAUGGCCAUCCUCGAUAUAGUCUUGUCACCUUCACAGCCCACAAAAGGCGAUUCAAAGAUUUUUCGGACGCCUUGGCCUGGCUUCACAUUGCGGCUUUUUUGUGUGGUUUCGCAAUAGUUUUAGAAAGUAGAAAUGAGAGGACUCGCGUAUCAUCCUUGAGAUGCUAUAUUAACAGUUGCCCAUGGAGAUGCAUUGUCAAGGAGCUUCUGGACCCAGUGUCUACUACAGAUAAUAAGUAUGAACAUGGACAUAAACAAGGAUUGCUCUUCGUGCCAGCAACCAUUUUGUCCCGAAUGUCAAUAGUGUUGUUACGAUUUGGAUGGAUGCUCAUUGUGAUUUCGCCUAUCGUAGUCAUUGUGGCCAUCCUAAAGCGAAUUUAAAGCCCAAGGGCAGGGAGAAGGAUUUAGAGCAUGGUAGCUAAAUUGAAAUAAAAAUGUUCAUAGAAAAAGAAUUCCCACAUUGAUCGGACUGAUGGAAAGUAAUAUAAAAAGAUAU